ACUGCCCGAGUCCCCUCAGUGUGUCACCCCGUGGGUGGCACUCCCUUCCUGUCUGGGUUUCCUCAUCUGGGAGACUGUCCAUAGGAAACUGGUGACUCUUGACCAUGGCUUUUCCUGGCCCUGUGAUGACAGAUCUCUGCCACACCUGGCCAUCUGCCACACCUGCAACAGGUGCACAACACAGGAUAAUUCAAUAGCCAUCCAAGCUCUAAGCUGAAAGCCACCUCAAGGAGAGCUUCUGGCCACCUCAGCUCACGAUGGGACCUGGGAGAGCUGGAGAUUCCUUAGCACAAGCACGUUUUAAAAAAAUUGUUUUGAUUUAGAACUUCUUAACAAGUCAAAGCCGGGAAGUGCUUUCUGUUCUGAUGCAGCAGAAGACAGAGCGAAUCGGAUCCUCUGAUUAAUUGCAUGGGAGCAAAGUCAUCCACUUACUAAGUUUCUGCUUGGUGCUGCCCUAAGAUUCUUGGGGGAUCAUAUUACUCCCCGCUCAGGAAACUGAGUGCAGCCCAGCUGCAGUAAGACUGAUCCUUCCCUAGGAGAAGGAAUUCUCCUUCCAUCAUCUUCCCCUUCUGUACAUGGCAGCCACUUGAAUUUGCCCCUCCAAGAGUCAAGGACAAGACCACCCCAUGGAAUGGGCCAAGUGGACUCCACAUGAAGCCUCCAACCAGACCCAGGCCAGCAUCCUCCUGGGGCUCCUGCCGGGUGACCACACGGAGGGGAGGAACAGCACCAACUCCACCAGAGCCCUGAAGGUGCCAGACGGAACUAGCGCUGCCUGGUACAUCCUCACCAUCAUCGGCAUCUACGCGGUGAUUUUCCUCUUCCGGCUGGCCAGCAACAUCCUCAGAAAGAACGACAGGUCCUUGGAAGAUGUUUAUUACUCAAAUCUGACCUCUGAACUCAAAAUGAAAGGGCUCCAGGGCAAGGUCGCCAAGUGCCCCACACUGAUCAUCAGCAACAGAGCGGUGCUGCAGCCCUGCCAGGCCCACCUGGGGCCAAAGGGCGGGAGCGGCGGGCCCCAGACCGCAACCCCAGAGAGCCCCUGAGAGCCAAGGCCAGGAGGCCUUCCCCAGGGUGGCCCCAGACUUCUUGGAGGGGAGCAGCUUUGGGUUUACUCGGAGCCCUUGGGUGGGGCUGGGGUGCGUAGCUGACCGGGGUGCCUCAGGCUGCCAGGUUGUGACCAGAGCCAGCCACCAAGUUCCUUCUCAGGCUUCGAGGAGCUUGGAGAAGAGAGAGCGGGACAGUGGCUUCUAGCCAGAAGCGCUCUUCUCUGGGAAAGCCUGUGCUGUGGAGAGCAGCACUGUUCUAUGGUUCUCAAAGGAAUCCGGGAGACUCCAGGGUGCAUACAAGGAGGUGGCUCCUUGUCACGGAAAGAAGAGUAAACUUGGAUUAAAAUUAAACUUCUGGGGAAUCACGUAACCUGGGCAGCUAGUUCUCACCUGGGACGUUCGGGGGUUGGGGACAGAUUUAAAAGGCUAUUUUAUUUGAAAGACUUCGGCUUGAACAUAGGACCAAAGUUAUUAAUA